AUGAAAUCCGAGGCAAGCGCUGAUGUAUCUCAGCCUCAGACAGAAGGAUCUGACAGGGACAGUUCUCUCGAGGAGCUGCUCCGUGCGGCUUAUAUUAACAAUAAGGAUCAAUAUGCAAGCCAGGAAGCCUUAACAUUGAGAAUGUGGGUGAUUGGUGUUGCCUUUUCCAUCAUUGGUUGUGGUCUGAAUACGCUCUUCACCCUGCGGAGUCCUUCAAUAAGUAUUGCACAGUCGACUGCGCAAUUGCUUGCAUAUCCAGCAGGUCGACUCUGGGAUACUCUAGUGCCACAACGCACGUUUCAUAUUGGGAGAUGGGCACUGUGCUUGAAACCACACCCGUUCAAUAAGAAGGAACAUAUCCUCAUUGUUAUAAUGGCCAAUAUCAGCUUUUACACGGACGACUCGGGGUAUCGAAGUCUCUUUUACCUUUUGAUCGUCGUGGCAUGUCUACCAGUGAUUGUAUAUGUUCUCAAGAGACAGUACCCGACGUCAUUCGGGAAGGAUGUCAGUGUCCCCCUGCUGCUGGGAGGGUUGUCUUACAUACCCCCUGCCACCGGGAUGAAUUACGGUAGCUGGGCCACCGUCGGUCUUCUAUUUGGGGUUUUGAUUCGGAGGUGGCACAAAGCAUGGUGGCGCAGCUAUAACUUUGUCCUUAGUAGCGCUUUAGACUCGUCCGUCGCAUUUGCAGGAAUGAUCAUCUUUUUCACGGUGUACUAUACUGGAGCUGCAGAUCGCCUGCAGUGGUGGGGAACCGAGGUUCACAAGGUAAGUUCUGGCUUCCAGCCUCCAUUUUCCACUGGCCCUUCGAGUGAGCACUGA